UACGUUACUAAAUCCACGAGUAAUACUGGUUUUAGUGUAAAUGCAAGAUCAACGAUAAUCUUACGCAUAAAAGGAAAUACAUUAGAAAAAUAUGGUUCUGUGUUGCUGGUUUACGCUCUUGAUGACAACUAGAGGGAAUGCCUUAUGAAAGCGGUAAGAAAUCUGCUAUUGAUUUUCAUAAUGCUGCAGUGGCGUUUCGAAACCAAUCGUUUGAACCUCCUAGAUCAUACCUAAGUGAACCACUCCUACCCAUCUAAGUGUUCCAAAUUGAUAUAUGACAAUAUCUACUUUCGAUCACGUGUCUCCGAGCGACUUAGACGGAUAGCACGUCAUCUCGCCUUCCCAAAUUUCCCCUCCUGCAGUUCGAAUCCAAAACAUCUAUCUAUAGUACCGAGAACGAGCGAACGAUGUUUAACUCGGUGAAUCUAGGCAACUUCUGCUCCCAAACGCGCAAAGACAGGACUUCAGAGUUUGGGGACAGGGCAGGGUGCGCCUCCAACCUCUAUCUCCCAAGCUGCACCUAUUAUGUGCCCGAAUUUUCUGCGGUCUCUUCGUUUCUACCACAGGCCCCGUCUCGGCAAAUCACCUACCCUUAUUCCACAAAUCUGUCUCAAGUACAACCGGUUCGAGAGGUUUCCUACGGUUUGGACCCGUCCAGUAAAUGGCACCACAGAAGCAGUUAUGCAUCCUGCUACACAGGAGAGGACCUGAUGCACAGGGACUGUCUCCCGCCAUCCACCAUGACAGAAAUGCUUAUGAAAAACGAGACUGUCUACAGCCAUCACCACCAUCACCAUCCUAGCGCCAACCAUUCAUCCACAGGUUUUUACUCGAGCGUGGGGAAAAACAACGUUCUUCCUCAAGGUUUUGAUCGCUUUUUCGAGAGUGCACAAUGCGCUGUGGACAACCAGCUAGAGAAUUGUUUACACAAAAGCGAGACGAGCAAGCUGGAGUCAGAGUCCCAGCCUUCGAACGCGAUCUCCGGCGCUACAGAACCGGAAAAGGACGCGGAGGAUGAGGAAGAAAAUACAAAUUCGGGAUCCUGCGGGUCUUCCUCAGGCACGAAGGAUGGAAACGCCAGCAAGAACAGCCAUUCGAGUACUCCACGCGCAAGGAAGAAGAGAUGUCCAUACACCAAGUUUCAGAUCCGGGAACUGGAACGGGAAUUUUUCUUCAACGUUUAUAUUAACAAGGAGAAACGUCUGCAACUUUCCCGAAUGCUGAACCUGACAGACCGACAGGUCAAAAUCUGGUUUCAGAAUCGCAGAAUGAAAGAAAAGAAAUUAAGCCGAGAUCGUUUGCAAUAUUUUUCUGGCAAUCCUCUAUUGUGAACAGCAAGUAUUAUCAUUAACUAAGCAUCAGUAUUAUGAUUGAAAUUAUAACAUCAACUUUUUACUGAAGGGAAGAUAAGGUUCAUACAGUUAAAAUGUAUAACGCGGCAGCAUAAAUUUAUUGGACUUUGAAGACUGUGUUUUCUGAGGUAAUUUGCGCAAUAUUAUGCUCUCAAAAAUAGGAACCAGCGAAAGACUUUUUUCAGAUUCUGAAAGACUCUAAAAACAGAUGCUAAAGCAUUCUAAAUUUUAGUUUUCGUAUUGGAAGGUUGCAAAUUUGUGAAAACGAUGUAGGGGCUCUUAAACUCCUAAAUGUUUAUCAGUAGGCCCUAUACCUUCUUUUGUUUUUCAUUUCGCAUGCAUCGUAUAUUAUUUGUAAAAUAUGUAAUAUUCACGAAACACGAUUCACGAACUUUAUAUUUUAUAAUAUACGCUUAAUUGUUUCUUCAGUCCUGGAGUCUUACCCUCUGCAUGACAAACGGAAGACAGUCGAAUUAUACAUAGAAAGUGAUAUUCAAACUGUGAUGUGAGAAGUUUGUACCGGGAUAAUUCUCCUCGUAAAGACUAUGCAACGCUCCAUUUCUGACUGUAUAUAUGUCUUUAAAACUUAUUUCGAAGCCGGAUCUCUGUAUCAGCUUGAGUUCAGUACGUUCAGUUGUCUUUGUCGUGCGGAUGGAGAAUGCGGAUAUCAUGCUGCACCGAGUAAAACAAGAAUGUAAAAUAAAAAUGCACAGCUAUUUAAUUCACAAAACAUCUACAUUCAUACUGUUGUAAAUAAUAUUUUGAAUCGCAGUUAGGCUGUUAUCAUAGUAAUUUUAUGAAAUAACUGUUUCAUAGCUUUCUCAAACUUGGCGUUUAGUUUAAGCUACAGCUGCCCUGGGCGUCCAUUCGAAUGCUUUACUUUGUGACACGCUUUUGUAUACUGAACUGAGGCCUCCUCGUGCUUCUGUGAUUUAUUUUGUUGAUGUCCUAUACCAAUUUAAAAAAUAAUUAUUUAAGACAACAUUAUAACCUUCUAGAAACUAGUUGUAAAACAAUCUAUUUACUUUUUACACUGCAGACGGGGGGGAGGGGGGAAUUGUGGCGAAUCAGCCAUAAAUUCAUCUUAGCACAAAUUCUAGAUGUUUUGUAUUAUCCUCUUACAAAUCGUUAAUUAUAAAUAUAAUCGUAAUUUUGGUUUGUAUUCUAUUCAUUUGGUCGUUAUGCAGUCACGUCACAAUCACCCCAUUCAUACAAGAGCAGAUCAAUCUGCAAAUAAUUAGGAAAACGUAAUGCUGAAUUGGUUUUCGUCCAGGUAUGACUUGCACAUAAGGGAAAACACAUUGCUAUUAUAUGUGUGUGGGAAUGGGGUGAUUCUCGCGUUUUUGACUUGUUGGACUGGAAAUAACGCAACACCGAGUAGCGGCGUGAGACGAAAAAGGCUAAUUCAGUGGUCACUAAAGGAAACAGCCACUGGUCAUCUCAAAACUCUUCCAGUCUAGACACUGUCAUAAAGACAGAGGCACUAAACAGCUAUUUUUCCUUAAUUGCACCGUCUGUUCAGUGGAGUCACACUUCCGCCGUAAACAGCAAAUAAGUAAAACUCACUGCGACUUGAGCUGAUGAAAUCAGUAAUCUACUCUGGAUCGUUCGAUACUCUACAGCUCAAAUCCCCUGAAUAACGCGUAUCCGUAUAAAUGGCCGCUCCAACUUGGACAUCUAUUUCAAAGCAGCCUGUAUACGCGAUUUUACUGAAACUGCCUAUAAAACUAAAGUUUAUUGACCACGUGGCGUUUAACUGCAUCCCUACUGGUAGGAAAGUAUUUGGCUGAAAUAAGACCGAACAGAUCGGGGGGAAUUAAUAUAUAUCCCUCUCUGCCACGUGAAAUAGGCCUACUACAAAAUGGAGCAAAAGUGCACAAAGUGAAAAACACAUGGAUAUAUUUUAAAAGCGGAAUUAUGAAAUUUAAGGGAGGGAGGGAGUGAGUACCUACAAUGCCUGUGCGUCUUUAUGUGUUCGUUUGUGUAUCCAUGGAGACACAGAAUAUCUCAGAACAGUAAAAAUCUUAAAUAUUGACUUUGAACUUCCGUGAAGUCAAGGCCGUCACCUUUAGCCCUUUGCAAUAGAGAGAAAUCAACGAGUUGCUUGGCCCAGAGAUCUCGGCACUGACAGGACU